GUUAUAUAGCAGAACAGAUUAAUUUAGAUAAACCAUUAUUGAUAUCAUUAUCCUUAAAAAAUUAUGAACCAGAUACUUUGAGAGCUAUUGCUAAUGCUCUAAAAGAAUUAAAGUAAUAUUACUGUUAUAAAACAAAUGUGUAAAUAUGAGUUUGAUAUUUGGUCAAUUAGUAAUUGGUCCACCAGGAAGUGGAAAAACAACAUAUUGCCAUGUUAUGAGCAAGUUUUUGGAAAAACUUGGUAGAAAAGUGGCUAUUAUCAACAUUGAUCCUGCAAACGAGAAUAUGGAAUACACACCAACAGUUGAUAUAUCUGAAUUAAUAAAGCAUGAGGAAGUAAUGUCACAUUAUGGACUUGGACCAAAUGGAGCUUUAGUUUACUGUAUGGAAUUUUUAGAAGCUAAUGUAAAAUGGUUAAUUACAAAGAUCUUAAAUCUAAAAGAUCAUUAUAUUAUUAUUGAUUGUCCAGGGCAGGUUGAAUUAUACACACAUCACAAAUCAGUCAGUAUAAUUGCUGAAAAAUUAGCCCAAAAUUUAGUAAGGUUAUGCAGUGUACAUCUUGUUGACUCUCAUUAUUGCAGUGAUGCUGGUAAAUAUUUGUCUUCAUUAAUUUUAUGUACAACUACUAUGCUGCAAUUAGGCUUACCUCACGUUAAUGUCAUGACAAAAUUUGAUGAAAUGAAAAAGUUCAGUCAGUGUCUAGAUUUUAAUAUAGAUUUUUAUACUGAAGUACUCGACUUAAAAUACUUGUUGGACAAACUGGACGAAAAUCCAUUUACAUCAAAGCAUAAAAAAUUGAAUGCAGCUUUUGUGUCAUUAAUAGAAGACUACAGUCUUGUCAGCUUUAUACCAUUAGAUAUUUCUAAUCAAGCUUUAUUAUUGCAAGUAAAAAAUGCUGUGGAUAAAGCUAACGGCUAUAUUUUUGGUGGAAACGAACCGCAAGAUGUUCAAACGUUACUUGCGUGCGCAGUGGGAGCAGCAAGUGAAACCGAAAAAACAUCCACAAUAGAUGAGUACUUCUAAAGAAUUUAUUUUCUAAAAAUAAUCCAUUUAAUAUUAUUUUGUUCAUAUUAAUAUCAUUUGAUGUAUUAAUAAAUAUUUGGUCUAUUUGGGAGGAAAA